AGUUUUAAAAUGUACCUUUUUAAUCUUUUGUUCAGUAGGUAGAUGCACACUGUGAGAGAAAACAUUUUCUUCAUGAAUAAAACUGCACUCAGUCUUGCAUUGUUUUGACCAGAAUCCAUGACUUUUCCUGUAAGAUCGGAAAAAGGAAAUAAACAACUUAAUGGUUGAAGCAAAAGCACCAAUUUGGGACAACUGCAGAAGAAUGGCAGGAAAUGACUGAAAAUAAAAACAUUUAAACAUUUUAAACUGCGGAAGAAACACUGCGUCUUGUGAUGGCGGCUGCAGUGGGGAGGCUUGUUCUUCGGGAUUACAACUUGGAUGCACCAUUGAUCUCUUCCUGAUCAAACCGCUACUCACUGCAGACGGUUGCAGCUGUUGACAUGUUCUGGCUGAAUUCAUCACCCCCUUCAAACUAACGUGUAUAAACAGCGGUGCACAGACAUGGUCUUAUCUUGAACUGCAGAAGUCUGACACACCCUGCCUCUCACUACCGACACCGACCGUGCUCUACAAGAAAACAAGAAAAUGUUGUUGUUGGUUGCUGUUUUACUCAGUGGAUGCUCUGUUCAUAAGAAAAUGGAGCCAAGGAUGGGAAGAGACACGUUCUAUGUCCUGCUUUUGUCAUUCCUGUUUGGAUCCUUGUGGACUCAAAUAGCCCCUUGUGAAAAGGAGACUGACUGCCCUAAAGAAUACCAGGAAGUCUUUGGCACAUCGGUCACGGAAAUCCCUAAGAUCCUGAAGGCAGGUGUCACCGAAGUUUUCUUUGUAGGCAGCUCCAUUAAAACCAUUCCGAGUGAUGCCUUUGUGGACAACCCACUGCUGGAGAAGGUGGAGUUUCUGGACACAGACACUGUGUCCAUAGAGCCUGGAGCGUUUGACAGGAUGGUAAAUGUAAAGCACAUUGAGAUUUCCAACACGCAGCUCACAUCCAUCCCGCUGGGGGUCUUCAAGGACCUCAGUAACUUGGAGAAAUUGAUAUUGAAAUACAAUAAGCUUCAAGGUUUGGAGAAAGGCUUGUUUGAUGAUCUUAAAAAGGUCAGAGAGCUGCAGUUACAUGGAAAUGAGAUUGCUGUUAUCGAAGACGGGACUUUUGACAAACUGGAAAACCUUGUUUCCCUCCAUCUGGCUAAGAACAACCUCACUUCCUUGUCGGCUGACGGCUUCUCAAAUCUGACCAAACUGCAGACGUUGCGACUUUACGAAAACCAGCUGACUGCAGUCCCAGAGAAGCUUUUUCACAAUUUGCCAAACUUGAAGGAAAUCGCCAUACAAGGAAACAAGAUAUCCAAAUUAUCUUCAAAUCAAUUUCCUCACAAAGAGAAACUGACGAAGCUGCUGUUGGACGGCAAUCUCCUGACAUCGUUUCCUGAAGGGUUUUUCCAGGGAUUUUCUCAACUUAAAACAUUGACUCUACGGGGGAACAAGCUCACAAAUCUACCACCUACGUUGUUUGGAGAUACGCUGAAAGUGACUGACCUCAGCUUGGGCCAGAACAAUCUCAGUGUUCUACCUUUUGGGAUAUUCAGCCCUCUGAAGAAGCUGAAGAAGCUGGAUCUUUCCAAAAACGUCUUCGAUUCGUUGGCUGCCGACUAUUUUGAAGGUCUUGAAAAACUGACGGAGUUGAAUUUGCUCGACAACAGAAUCGAGCGGCUUGAACCAGACACUUUUGAAAAGCUGCCGUCGCUGACCACUCUCAAGCUAGCUCGCAACAACCUCCACACGCUUCCUCCGGAUAUCUUCGAACCAUUACCCAAACUUACGAAGGUCUAUCUGGACCACAACCCCUGGCACUGCGACUGCAAUCUGGUUGGUUUUCACAGAUGGAUUACAGAAAACUCACAUAUUGUAUUUACACAUCCAGUUGUUUGUGAGCGCCCAGUUGAGCUAAAGGGACAGGAGAUCAAACUGUUGCCAGUGGAUCGCUUAAUUUGCCCCACUGCUCCACCUACCACAAUACCUCCACCAACAACUAUUCACCUGACUACGGCACAACCACGGACCGCCAAACUCACAACGACCACUUUUCCAGCUACCACAACACCACCUACAACCACCAUGAAGAUGACAACAGCUUUAGCGACAACUGCCAUGCCAACUACUCUCCCAGCCACCACGGCGCGACUACCAACCACAGCCUCUACAACAUAUAUCCCAACAACCACCUUUCAAAUUCCAACUACGCUGCCAACAACUACACUAGCUUCCACCAUACUGACAACAACCUUAAUGACAACCAUCCAAACAACCACAUUUCCAACAUCAGAGACUCCUCCAACUACAACCAUAACUACUACUCUUACACCCACAUCAACUCUGCCAACCACCUAUUUACCGACAACAUCUACGACUCUACUAGCAACCACAGCCCUCCCCACCACUACUACAACCAUACCAACAACCCCUUCAGCCCCUACAACUUUCCCCACCACUCUUUUGACGACCGCCAUCCCGACAACAGCAGCACCCCAAACAACCACUCUUCCAACCACUACCAGCUUUAUAACCACAACCAUGAUGACAACCGCUUCCUCAACCACAGCAGCUGCUUCCACAACCACAACAAGACUCCUAACCACGAUGACAACCACACCCAUCAUGACCACCGUCAUUCCAACAACUGCAGCUACUCUUGAACCAACAACAUUUCUUCCUACCACCACCACCACCACGACUGUGAUGACAACACAGACCACUGAAGCCCCUGCACCUGCCACUUUUGAGUGCCCACUGCCACACAUGGACUCAGGGAACUUGGAUGACUUCCUCCACCACUACAACAGCAGACAUCUCCAAUGCAAAUCUAAGAUGAUAUUCUACACAACUCUAGCACUGCUGGAGGCCAUCUUUACAUCAGUGUUGGCCAAAUACACUCUGUCACUACACAACCUUCUGCGGCACAGGAGGUCGAACCACUUGAUCAAACUGACCCACUUCUCAUACAGGAGGGAAGUAAUCCUGAGGCCGUUGGAGGAGGAGACACAAAGACUUUGAGUCUCGAGAAUUGAACUUGUUUAUUACAUUCAGGACUGUGAGAGGAGCACAAAGUACCAUACAGUACUUUCCACUACCUAUUUUCUUCUAGUCAAAAGAAUGUUCUUUUCAUUCAUGCGUUAUUAUUAUUAUUGUUAUAUGGCCCCUUCAAAGCGACACCAUACCAAGAUUGAGGGAUUUUAAUAGAGAUGAGGCUGAUGAGGCUUCAUGAAACAGCGUCCUCCCAGUAGGAGGCGCUCUCUGUUCAAAAAUGAUGUUGACUGUGACUGUCUGUCCUGUACACACAAUGCUUGAGACGUGUGUUGUCCCUGUCCAUACAGUGUAUGACAUCAGCCCAUGGAAAUGUUGACUUAUUUGCCGCUUCACGCUUAAAACAAGUGGAAAGACUUGCUUAAAGUAGUGUAAUUGCAGGCAGUUUGCCCUGUUUUUUUAUUUUGUAGUUUGGUCGUUCAUUCACGUGUGCACUUCUUACUUUACGUCACGACAUUUGGUCAAGCUUUUAUUUAGAAAUUCAGAUGAUGGAAAUUCUGACUUACUGUAUUUUCCGCUACACACUUAAAAUAAGAAGAAAGUUGCCUAAAGUAGUUAAAAGAAAAUAUCAGUCAAAAACAUCACUCUGGUUUGGGAAACUGAAUCUUGCUUGCAAUUCACAUUUUGCUGUGUUUGUGUUGGAGUUCUACCCGGUAGAAAGGAUCAUCACUUUUGCUGACUCUUUUGGAAAUCUGUCCUGGAAACGCCUCGGUGGAGCUGAUAUAUUUACUUAAACUGCUGCCCAUGACCUGCCCUGAGAUAAGCAGCUAUGAAUAACUGGAGAUAACUGGAGAUCGUUGGGCCACAUUUGAAAACACCUUAUUUUAUGAUUAAAAACAACCUGUAGCGCCAUAGAAUAAGGAGUGUCGUGUAAUUUUCAAAUUGGUCCAGCAGAGGGUGGUAGCGAACUGCAACUACUUUCCCGGCAAAUUCAUCCCAGUUAUCAGUAACCGAUACCCCGUGCGUAAGUCAUGAUUAAAAUCUAAUAAUAAAUUCUUCCUACACAGCCACACCAUGACUUGUGUAUUUAAUGGGAACAUGGUCUUUGUUAGACUUGGAGGUCUUUAUAGUUGUAAAUGUUAUGAAUGAUUCUUCUCUGUGUGAGAGCCUGAUAGUAAAGAUGAAAUACUUUAACUAGACUUUUCAUGAGACAGUCGCACAUGCGCAGAACACGAGGUCAGAGUCACUAACCCAGUCUUGUGCUCACAUGACUGUAGGCUUGGAAGAGAAGGAGAAUUAUUAUUAUUAUUUAUUUUACAAAUGGCACUAAUGAAAGAUUCCCAUUGUUUUGGAAAGGAGCUAGAGUUCCAAAUGAAAAUAUUUGGGUAAUUUUGUCAUGUGAUUCUGUCGUCAAAUAUAUGUAUGGACACUCUUUGACUUGACUGGUUGAUGUGUCAGUGACAAGCGCUCAAUAGUUCUGCCCUGAUACUCAUAAUGCACAAAUUAUUGUUGUGUUUAGACAAUAUAGUAAACAUAUACUAAAAGUCACUGGGACGGAUAGAAGCUCCAUGAGAAUCUGAUGGAGUCGACAAGAGAGAGUAAAUGAAGGAAGCAAAGCUUGAUCUGUCGUAGCUCCAGACUUGGGGAAAAAGUCAAAAGAAACAGUUACUAUCAGAGGAUUAUUGAAAUUGAAGUUGAUUUGCAGCUGCCUGUCUAGCAGCAUAGUUAUCUCCCCCAAUCCUAACUACGGAGUUCCACAUAGACACUGUUUAAUUUUUUAUUCCUCUCUCAGAUGCAGCUAAGUGCAAAACACUUCCCUCUAAGUCUGUCAGGUCGUCUUCUGCACUGAGAAGCACACACUUCCUCUGCUUCCUGUGCAAGCAGAGUGAGCAGUUCUCUUUCCAUUCAUGCUGUUUAUACUUGAAAUUUGAAUUUGAUGUUCAUGACAACAAAAAAUAUGUUUUGGGUUGGUGGAAUAUAAAUUAAAAAUGAUGAAAUGAUAUAUUUAAGAAUUAUAAAAUAGGUCAAAGGUCAAAAAUCGGUCAUGACCUCACAACAAAUAUUCUAUGUAGCACGAGUGAAAGAUGUGAAAUUAAAGUGAAGAUCAGUCCUGAGUAUCAAAGAAUUACAUUUACAA